GAUGUACUUUGUGAGACAUAUGGGGAGGAUUCUGCUCAGGAGUCUUUCCUUUUAAAAGAAAGAUUGCACAUCAGAAGAGAAAGUGAGAUGGAUACUUCCAGCGAACAGCUGAGCACAACAGCUGGUUAUGUAGAAAAUCAAUUUUCCACGUAUGAGUACAAUGAUUAUUAUGAGGACGAUGUGUGCAAUAAGGAAACCGUUUCAAGAUUUGGUGACAUUAUAACAUCAGUGUUUUUCACCCUGGUGAUCGUUUUGAGUGUCCUGGGAAACUUACUGGUCCUCGGGAUUCUGGCAAAAUACGAAAACCUCAAAUCGGUCACAAACAUUUUCAUUCUCAACCUGGCCUUGUCAGACCUGAUAUUCACCUUUGGACUUCCUUUCUGGGCUUCUUACCACUCAGAAGGCUGGGCAUUUGGAGAAUCGGUUUGCAAAGCUGUAAACUUUAUCUUUGAUGUUGGUUUUUACAGCAGCACUAUAUUUCUGACAAUGAUGACCAUUCAUAGGUACUUAGCCGUAGUUCAUCCACUGGCUGAUCUUGGGUCUAGGAAGUGUUGCUAUGGAAUCACUGCGUCUGUAGUCAUUUGGCUUCUGAGCUGCUUAGCAGCAGUCCCAGGACUCCUCUUCCACAGAGUUAAACUAAACCAAAAUGAAAAUGUUCCCUACUGUGAGUAUGACAGUCCAUUGUGGAAACUAGCAGAAAUAUAUCAGAAGAACAUUUUCUUCUUAGUUGCCUUUUCUAUUAUUAUAUUCUGUUAUUUUCAAAUACUCAAGACUUUGCUUCGCUCCAGAACACACACGAGGUACAGGACGGUGAGGCUCAUAUUUGCUAUUGUCGUAGUGUUUUUUGUAGGGUGGGCACCUUACAACGUCAUAAUAUUUGUGCGCUCUUUAGUGUACAAUCAAAUUCAUCCCUUUACAGACUGUGAAAUCAGCAGGGGUAUUGAUUAUGGGUUUUACAUUUGCCGUAUGAUUGCUUUCUCGCACUGCUGUCUCAACCCCUUUUUUUACGCGUUUGUGGGAGUGAAAUUCAGAAACCACCUGAAGAAGUUGUUGAGAAAAGUUUGGAUGUGUCAGGCCAGUGAAGACUUGCAAUUAGGAAACAGUAGGGUGAUGUUUCACUCUCAUGGAGAAGACGCUUCAAUAUAUUGACCACGUAACACAAACCCCGUUGUUCGAAAUAAGCCAAAUUUGUUUUGUGUUCACAUAAUGUCGGGAUGUUGGAUGAAACAGCA